AUGAAAGGAGUGCGUGAAGCUCUCGAACAUCAGGAGGUGCACUUUCUCGCUGAAGACGAGAAAGUCGUAAUACUGCCAACAUUCGCGCUCACGCAGCGUGCUUUGCCAGCAUUCAAUACAUUCGGUCCCUUCCGUCCCCAAAUUCAAGUCACUGUUCCUUUCUGGCUUGCUCUCAUCUUGAAAAAGCAAGGUAGAUGUUUGAUAGUGCCCCCUAGAUGGCUACAAAUAUCAUCGUUGGACUCGUUAGUAAGCUUGGAGCGUACAGACGAUAUAUUUCAGACACUGCCUUUCCACUACGUCGAAAUCGCCACAGACUUGUGCAAGUAUGCGCGGGACGAUUUGCCGGAAUGGGAUCACUUAUUCGACUUAGUAGAAACUGUUAGAUCAGUUCGCCACAAUAAAAUGCAGGCAGGGUUACGGAGCCUAGAUGCGCGCGCGACAAAGGGAGUGAAACUCAGCAAUAUAACAUUAUUAGAAGUCAACAUCAUGCGGGCAUUUAUGACAAACUCCUUGGAAUUUUAUCGCCUUUUAUCGACUCAAACCGCUGUUGCUGUUGUGGGCAUCGCAUCUUCACUGUCGCAUACACGAUCCCUGCAUCUUCAUUCUGUCACACAAAGACACGGGCCUUCCAUCGUAAAAGUCUCCUUCGAGACCUUUUUCCAAACCCGGUGCAACACAACUGAUACGAAGGUUAAUAAGUACCGUCGAAGGUACCUUCGAAGGGACCUUCGAGUACGAAGGUAUCAAUAGUCUAAUGAAAAAAACUCUCCAGGGGUCAAACCAACAGGCAGACAGAGACUAAUUCAGGGUCAUGGACGUGAUCUGAGGAGAGGGUCAGUCCCCGGUUGGAUCGGCUGCUCGAGGCGCACGUCUCACAUACGUCUGCGUCCGACAGCACUGCGCUCACGUCGGUCGUAGGCUAUGACUCUCGGACUCACGAACACAUGCAGGUGACAGACUGUGCAAAUAUAUGUCAUAGUCUACUCAAAUAAUGUUGACGAGGUCACGUGCAUGUAUGACAGUUGUAUGACCAUCUAAACCACUUCUCAUAAACUAGACUUACGAACUACCUUCGGUGCCUUCGAAGGUACCUUCGUAAGUGCAUGGUUGAGAAUUUGUACGGAUGCUCCAUCUAUCGGCACUUAUGAAAUGAGAAGUUAUGACCUUUUAACUUUAUUUGGAGGUAAAGGUAUAUAUAUAUGUAGACUACAAUUGAUUUAAUCGUCGUAUAUGGUAAUAACAUAUACCUUCGAAGGUAGUUACCA